CGGCGCUAGUGUCGCGCGCCCUGGCGGCGAACAGUAGUGUCGCGAAACGCGAUGCGCGGAUCUUGGUGCAUGUCGCGCGAGACCCACGCGAGUCUACCUGACGCGAGGUACCGGGAAAACCCGCGAUAAUCGGCGCAACGUGCGCCCGGUGCAACCGUCGUCGUUGGUACGUUACGCGAGUGACGCACCUGCUCGCGCUCGCACACGCACGAACGGACGAGACCAGUGCACGCCGCGCACAGUGCCAGAACGUCGCCGUGAAACGCCAUUUUGUGAUCGUGCCGAGCGGGACGUAAACAUCGGACUUUCCAAUCGUGUUCGUCGCCGCGGCAAGGCACCCCGUCGACGUCGUCGUCGCCGGUGCGUGUUCCCCGUAGCCCAACCAGACUGCCCCGGGCGAGCCUGACAGUCGCCGUGACGCAACGCCGUCCCGUGUCGAGCCAACGCGGUGACAUUUCGCGCCAAAUCCGCGAGACGUCGAGACGCACACCUGGCGCAGCGCGCGACGAGAAACAGCUGUCGUCGCGCCGUGAAUCGGCGCAACGGUGUCGGCGUCGCCACCGCGAUUUCCACGCCGCCCAGCCACCAGGUAAAUGCAUCGAGAUCGCGACGCGUUCAGGUGCAAGCCGCUGCUCGAGGAUCGCGCGUUUCAGCUGGAACUGGCCCCGAAAGUGGAGGUGCGUCGUGUUUCGAUUUCACGCGAGCGUUACGUAUACCUUGUUUACGCGUGACGCGUCACUCGCAGGCGACCACGAAAUUUCGACACACUGCACGGACAGCACGGUUCUUCACUGCUUGUUGCUCACUCGAACGUUUGAAAAUUUGAACAUUUUGUUGCUGUGUCUUGAGUGUGCACCAACUUACAUAAUUGUACAUUUGAACAACUGAAAUCAUUACUGUUCGGGGGUGUAUGUGGGAAGAUUACAGCAGAGAGCAGAAGCUAACUGCUGAACGCAACUUGCCUGCUGUGACGGAAAUGACAUUGGCGACCGUUCGUGAAUAAAUUCCUUAUAAGCCGAGGCUUGAAGAUAUGCGCUUUGUUAUUGUGAAAAGGCUUGAUGAAUGAACAAAAAUAUAAGGAAUGGUAUUCUAUUCAAUUCAGCUGGAUGUCAGAUAAGCUGAAAAAUGUCUGGUGAUUCAGGAUGGAGCGCCGUUAUUCAUCGUCCUUCGGAUUUAGAACUGCAGAAUUGGAAUUGGGAAGAAAACGAUGGGGAGCAAGAGAAGGAACUCCCCUCGACUGUUGAUAUGGAUGCCAUAAAAGGUGGUGGUAGCUGGGAUCCUGCUACUGAACCUAAUGGAACAGAUUCGAUCGACUCCGAAGAAGAUUCUGAUUCCGACGACGAAAGCUCUGGUGGAAGCGAGGGUAGUUGCUCCUAUUCAGAUUCCAAUUCAGAGUCAGACGACGAAAGCAGCGGCGACGAAGAGGAUAGUGGAUCUAAUUCAGACUGUUCCUCUGAACACAGUGAACAAACGUUUUCCAUUCAAGAAACUAACUUUGAACAAGGUGCAUUGAAAUUGAAAAUUACCAUGAAAGGUCCAAAAAAGGAGGAUUCCGAGAAGGUCAAAUGUGAAAAGAACAGGAGAAAUGUUACGAAGAAGCCUAAGGCCAAUCUUGGGAAUAAGUCCUCAGAAUGUAGUAGCGAAGAUUCGGAUUCAUCUGCGGGCCACGUGCCGUCACAGCAAGCGCAGCAGCAACAGUCGCAGCACCAUCAUCACGCACCGCUGCAGGAAAUCAAUCAGGAGGACCUGACGGCGAUCUUGCCCGCGCAAGAGCAAGAAGACGCGCCCUUCGAUGGAUUCGAGGACUCUGAGAGCGGACGGCUAGUGUCGAAGGCGAUCGAGCGCAUGUCGCUCAGCGCGGACUCGGACCUGAGCGAGAACGGCGAUCAGAACCCCGUACCUGUGUACAGCUCCACUUUGCUGCAGCAGUUUGUCGAGAAGACUGCCAUGCUGUCGGAACCGCGGAAAAGGCGCAGUAAGUGCGGCAAGAAGUCGAACAACGACAGCGAGUAUCCCUGCGUGUCGAAUGUGUCGCCCGACUCCGGCAUUCAAUCGGUGGACAACAGUCCAUUGCACCUGGCGGUGAGUCCCGUCAGUCCUCCGGUGCCGACCCAAUCUCCGAUUCAGCCGUCGGUCGUCACGAAACCGGCGGUGAACGUCGACCGAGUUCUCUACCCUCCCAAACGGAAACCCGGCAGACCGGCGAAGGCGGUGUCCACGCAACCGCGGGGACCCGGCAGGCCGCGUUUAAGGCCGGAAAUCGUCGAAAAGAUCGAGAAGAUUGAAAAAGCGGAGAAGGAGAAGAACGAAUCUCUAAAAAGCCUGAAGAAUCCUGACUCCCGAUUAACGGAGAAGAAGGAACCUGUGAAGGAAUCGAGCAUGAAAAGCGUAAAGGAGGACGCGUCCUCGCUGAAGAAGCGCAACGCGAAAACGGUCGCAUCGAGGGAGGAGAAGGUGCAGAAUGCUGCGCUUCCCGCGAGUAAAAGGGUGAAAGGUAAGUCGACGGCGCACCAGAAGAAACUGCGCUACGACAACUCGAUGAAACCGUCGCAGAAAACGAUGAUGAAGAAGGGGACGAUGGGGACGAGUUCUCAGAUGCGAGUCAAGUGCCUAAGUAGAUCGAGCGCGAGCAAGCUCGUGCCGCAGUGCGACGGCAGGAGCUGCAGGAAAGUCAGGCAGGACAGAACGUACGUGCCUAACAAGACCACGGUCCCGUUAACGCGACAGAAACAGAGUUCCUGCGAGCAUCAGGUCUCCGGCGAUCAAAAGACGUCGAGCGUCGGUAAGAGAACGGGAUCGAAGGAGAACAGGAGCAACGCGACUACCACCGUGUCCAGGAAACAGAAUCCGACGAAGAAGACCGCGCCACCAACCACCAGGCGUAUCCUGAAGGAGAACAAGUGCAACAGGAAAGCGACUGCGGCGAACUUCGAGACUAACGGUGUGGGCGUGCAGACGUUGAUAUCGCUGCCAGUCGGCGACAUAUUGAAGGCGGAGAACGUGGAACGCGCGUCUAACAAGUGCGACAAGGCGACGCAGCCGACGCAGCACAAUCAUUGCCACAAACAUCAUCACCACAAGCACCGGCGGAGACUACUCGCGCCACCGAAAGAUCCUAUCCGCGCUAAUCCGUGCAUCGUCCAGGACCUGGAGAGCCUGGUUGAUCAGUUUAUGAGAUUGUGCAGCCUGGGGAGAAACAGCACUAGCACCAAUCAUUCCGAACUGCCGCAGAUCUUCCGCGUGAAGAAGCUCACGAAGAAGAGAAAGGGUGGCGACGUCAGCGCGAGUGACGAUCAGAAGCUAAAGCGACGCUUGAAAAAGGAGAAGGGACUGGCGGGCGCGGAUUCCAAGAGUAGCGCGAACACGAGCACGAGUUCCAAUCCGAAUGAGCAACGGCUGCCGCUGAAGAAGCGCCACUAUCACGUGUCGAGUCCGCACAGCUCACAGAGCUCGAACGCGAGCUGCGCGGACGCGAACGCGAAUGAAUCCAACUGCACGGAAAGCCAUAUAGAGGAGGCGAUCGAGGCUACUAUCACGAGAUACGGCGGCGGCAGCUCAACGUCCUCCGUUCACGAUGAGGAGGCCCUGCCGGUGACGCCCAAGAAGAGGCCCAGGGACGCCGAGAACGCGCCACCUGAGAAGCAGGCCAGUGACGAAGAUAAAUCCGCUGCUCAGACGGAAAUUCAGCCGCGCCGGAAGAAGAAGAUCGUUAAAGAUCUUCGCGUUACCGUGACAAAGUUACCAUCCGAGAGCCACGCUUUCGACAAGGGCGACAAGUCGGAAAAGUCGGCGGACAAGAGUUCUAAAAUCGCCACGGAAAAAUGUAGCAAGAUGGAAAAGAUAGUUGCGGAAAAGUCAAUGAAGACCGAUAAAACGCAGUCGAACGACAAGGCAGACGUCGAACAUGUUCGUGCGGAAAAGACCAUAAAGACCGAUUCGGACAUGCACGUGUCCGAAACGUUGGAUGACGAUGAAAAACCCGUCACCGAGAAGAAAGUAGCUCAGAUCGGUAAUUCGAGCGUGCCAAAUCUCAUGAGUAAUAGCGCGACGACUAACACCACGAGGAAGAAGAUGCGAAGACGGAAAACCAUCAAUCGCACGGGCUUUCCCACCUUGAAGAAAAAGAAGAAGAAGCCCACUGAUUCUACCGCAGUGACGAAAUCGACGGUAUCGAGUGGCGCUAAUGGAAUGUGCAAGGAUCAGGCUGCACCGGAAGACGUGGAGGAUAAUAAAGCGUCUCUGAUGGAGAACGAAGCUCGGGAUGCUCUCGUCGGAAACAACGAGCAAGUCCGAGGCGACACGAAGAACCUGGACAAUUCCAGUACGGUUCAAGAGACGUCCAGUCGAAGUGGCUCGGAUGAGGUAAUCGAGUCUUGUCCGGGCCAGCUACGGGUUCGUAAGGAUCUCGUAGAGUCCGACAGCAGCGUGUUGUCCGAGAAGCUGUACUCGAGUCCAGUUAAGUACGAGAAGAUACCGGAUUGUCGCAUCUACGACGAGAACGCAUCGCUGGAGGUGUCUCUCGAGCGUUACAAUCAGAGCCAACGCAUCGCGGAACUGAACGAGGAGAACCUGAGGAAGUUGGAGCGUGCGAACGCUCAGGCGGCGGUGAACGUCAAGAUGGAGCUGUCUGGCUGCUUCAACAAUAAUCACAAGAGACGAAGAGGUUCGACCAGCCCCUCGAACUUGUACGGGAGAGGUGCGAAGAGAUUGAGAAGCGCGGGUUACGACACCGAGAGUGAAGCACCGCCUAGCAGCGAUGUAGCUAGCGAGGAUCAAGAGCUUAGCAGCAGAAAGCCUGCAGAUCCCGGACACAAUCGGAAGAAGCAGUCGAGGUGGAAGAAGCGAUAUUUACAGGCCAGAGGCAUAUUGUUCUCCGAGUACAAGAAAGACCUCGAGUCUAAGAAGAUGGUCGGCGCCGAUGCCAAGAGGAAACUCAUCGUCUGCGGCAAUGAUGAGCAUUACGCCGCGGAACAAUUGCCGGGCAUCAUACCGACCGGCAAACUCCUGCGGCAGAGAAAAACACCGUUUCAACUGCAGUACGAUUUAUUGUGGCUACACUCUCAGUCGAGGCUACCUGGUCGGGAUUUGGUGCCAUCGUGGAACUACAAAAAAAUUCGAACGAAUAUUUAUUACGACGUUAAACCGACUACCGUCUACGAGGCGCAAGCCUGUGAAUGCAAACAAGAGAGCGGUUGUGGAGACGAUUGUAUUAAUCGCAUGGUGUUCAGUGAGUGCUCGCCGCAGCUGUGCCCAUGCAAUGAUAAGUGCGAGAAUCAGAAGAUUCAAAAGCACGAAUGGUCACCAGGAUUACAAAGGUUUAUGACAGAGGACAAGGGAUGGGGAGUGAGGACGCAACAGGCUAUUAAAUCCGGAGACUUUAUUCUUGAAUACGUAGGUGAAGUCGUGUCGGAGAGGGAAUUUAAAUCGAGAAUGGCAACCAGGUAUGCCAAUGAUACUCAUCACUACUGCUUACACUUGGACGGUGGAUUGGUGAUCGAUGGUCAUCGCAUGGGUGGUGACGGGAGAUUCGUGAAUCAUUCAUGCGAGCCGAAUUGCGAGAUGCAGAAGUGGAGCGUUCUCGGGUUGCCACGCAUGGCGUUGUUCGCCUCGAGGGACAUCAAGCCGGGCGAGGAGCUGACGUACGAUUACAAUUUCGCGCUUUUCAAUCCAUCGGAGGGGCAACAGUGUAGAUGCGGUAGCAGUGCCUGUAGAGGUGUCAUAGGUGGAAAGAGUCAAAGGGUGGCCAGAAACCUAUCCGUUCUACCGUCGCAAGUGGAGCCUGCCGAGAGGAGAUCGGUCGGCAGGCCGCGGAAGAACAUCCGCAAAUCGAACGCCAUACAAUCGGCCAAUUCCAAGAACAUUUGCAAGUCGCGUAAAGUAGGAGACCCGAUUCUAACGCACAACACGCCGCAACUGAAACCGAUGUCUUAUCAGCAACGAUGUUUCGCGCGCGAACAUCACUGCUUCCUGCUGAGGAAUCUGGAGAAGGUGCGGCGGCUAAAGUCGGCGUCGGUCCAACAGAUCCAGGUGCAGAACGGAAAGGCGAAGUUCGGUAACGUGAGCGCCGCGAAGGAAAAGGGCUCCGGAGACUCCAAGGCGCAAUCCGACGCAUUUUUCUCGCAAUUAACCGCGCUGACAAACACGAACGCGCGAACCGUGCGAACGCGUAGGCUCGCACAGGCACAGGACGAUCCAGAGAUGCAUAAGACUGCAAAAUUAGCUAAGGUGUUAAAAGAUUUGUACACAAUCGUUGCGACGGCAAACGAUGAAAAUGGUCAGCCAUUGUGCACUCCAUUCAUGACGUUACCCUCGAAAAAGAAAUUGCCCGAUUACUACGAGAAAAUCACAGAACCGGUCGACCUGAGCACGAUAGAUCAGUGCAUCGGCACCGGUCACUACAAGACUGCGGAGCACUUUGACCACGAUUUGAUAAGGCUGUUCGACAACAACGUGAGAUUCUUCGGGAGAACGUCCGAAAUUGGUAUCGCGGCGGCGAGACUCCGCAAGUUGUACUUGGGAAGUAAGCCUGAUUUCGUGAACGCUAUUACGGAGGCGACGGGUUCUCCGCCAUCUCAGGGCUUCCUGCCACCUCGCGGUUCCACGGCCGGAGAGGAGGACGUAAUCCGGUGUAUUUGCGGACUGCACAGGGACGAGGGCCUGAUGAUUCAGUGCGAGCGUUGUCUCGUUUGGCAGCACUGCGACUGCGUUAAAGCGGACACGAGUGUCGAGUCCUACCUGUGUGAGAGAUGCCAGCCUCGUGAAGUCGAUCUGGAGAUCCCGCUGGAAGGCGAGGAGGAAGAAGAGGACAAGAAGCACUACGUAACCCUGUUGCGAGGCGACCUGCAGCUCCGACAAGGCGACACGGUCUACGUUUUAAGAGACACGCCCGACAAACACACGUAUAAAACCAUACAGAAGCCUGACUACGAGCAGAUGGACAUUUUCAGAAUCGAACGUCUCUGGAAAAAUCCCGAAGGUGAACGGUUUGUGUUCGGGCACCAUUACCUGAGGCCUCACGAGACAUAUCACGAACCGACGCGCAAGUUCUACGUGAACGAAGUCGUGUGUGCGCCGUUGUACGAGGCCGUCCCCUGCGAUCUUGUGGCCGAGCGUUGCUGGGUACUGGAUCCUCAUACUUUCUGCAAAGGGCGUCCUGUCGGGUCCACUCCCGAGCACACUUACGUGUGCGAGUAUCGUGUCGAUCGCGCGGCACGGCUAUUCACGAAGGUGGCCAGAGCGAGGCAUGCGGUGUGCACGAAGCCUUACGCGUUUGAAACCUUCCCGCAACGCAUCAAGCAUUACCGCACCUAUUUGCCUCACAGCCUGGAUGGCAUCAAGAUGUCCAAGGACAAGAAGAAGAGUAGCAAUCAAGAAUUAGAUCAAAAUCCAAAGUUGGAAUCCGGUGAUAACGUGAAGGCGCACAGCAAGGAGCAUAGAUGCGGUAGCAGAACACGGCGACGGUCGGGCGAAAUUUUAACGAUCGCACCGUCCGCAUCGUCGUACGCUCAGAGGGAGGAACAGAGAAAGAAGCUGAACGGCAUUCUGCUGAACCUGUUGCAGAAAAUGCCGAACAAGAAAGAUCCGUUAGAUCUGUCGUUCCUUUUGGAAAGGAACAGGCGGAACCGGAAAAGACCCGGUGGACUUAAUCCGUGACAGUGGGUAAUAUCACAACGAUAAUAUCGUACUGUAUAUAAUCUAGAGCUACUGUUAAUUCCAAUCUCAGUCAGAUUAAUAGGCUAGUUGGUCAGUCCAAUCAUUAAAAAAAAAAAACAAAAGUUGAUUCAACUGUAUGGAUCAAGAUAAAGAUAACUGUAUGGAUCACUGUACAUCCCCCUUUUCGACGACGAAAGCGUAAGAGAGAGCAACUUUCCUGUUCGUACAACCCGUCCAUUGAUGUAAUGAUUCGUCGUAAUCGGGAAUAACGUUUGUUUAGGCUAGACUAUCGAUCAAUGCUUUUUUUUUGUACAAUUUAUCUUUCGUUUCGUUUAUUUUUAGAAAGGUCUCUAUCGUGAACUAGAUCUUUGUCAUCAUCAUCAUAUUAUUUCGGUUUGUUCCCAAUUUUUUGAUUAGCAGUCAGGAAGUAGGCACUGUUGCUUUUACGCCAGGAGUCAUGUCGCAAGCAAUUUGUAGGUACUUGAAAAUAAGGUACAUUAGACUUUAUUUUGCGAGUAGGGUAUUAAAAUAGGGAAGAAAGCUACAAGGGUAAACGAUUCUCCCGAGUUGGGCUAUUAUAUUAAUGUAAUUCGCGGACCUGUAUAGAAGAUCGUUUGUACAUUUUUUUCAUAGUUAAUAUAGCUAAAUGUACAAAUUACACGUUACAUGGGAUAAGGAUUGCCGAGGGAGAAUAAACGUGUUAUACCAGUGCGAGUGCGAGAAACAAACAAACGGAGGAAACAAAAAAAAAUGUGCGCGUGUGCUGUGUAUGCGAUGCUUUAUUGCACAGAAGUAAUAUUAUAUUUUUCAUAAUCCCAGCGCGUUAUUUGAAUCGAGUGUAACAUACUUUCUUCACUUUACGAAAGGACCUUGACUAAUAUUUAAUUUAUUGAUAUUGAAUUAUAUAUUGUAGUCGUACGUGACCGGAUGGGUCGCAGUGAUUCCAAAAUUGUACAUAUGUACUCAGGACUCCAUAUUUAUUAUUGCAUUACACAGUAUGGUAGAUACAUGUUACGACAAAUAUGUUACAUAUGAAUCUUCUUACCCCUUUCUUUUCGUAUUAGAUUACUUGAUACAUUAGAUUUUAUUUUUAUGAUAACUUUUGCUAUUAUAAUUUAGGACGUAAGACGAAAGUGUCUGUUAACGCAUUUACUGCCAUGACGAUCACCGAUAACCGACAUGCAAUAAACGAAUUAAGACACGUGAAUAAUAUUAUAACACGCAAUUUACACAUCUACAAUUUAUAUUGUAGAUAAUAACUAUCUGAUAACAACAGAAGCCAUAAGGGACAAAAUACAUUUGUAAACAACUUUAUAUUUUUAUUUAUGAGAAUUAAAGUGGAAAUGAUUAUAAACGUUAUUUAUAAAAUAUUAUUUAUGAAUAUAUUACAGUGAAUCGUAAUAAUUCAGUUAGAGUGAAUGGAGACUCAGCUGAAUUGCGCUUGGCAGUGAAUGUGUUAAAGGAGGAUUUGUGUAUGUUGGCGGUAAAAUUAACACACAAGUUAUUUAUUUUAUUUAAUCAGAGCGCAGGUUUUUUUUCUUUAAUUAAGUGCUUGCCAUUUUUAUGUGGUAUAUUGGCAAUGGUACCAUUCGGAUAUUUAUUAUAUUGUGUAAUUCAAAAAUAAAAAAAGGGGAGCUGGCCUUCUACGUAAGCUGAUAUAUCAUGAUGAAAUAGCACGAUGUGCGAGCUGUUUUCGAAACGAGUUUAAAACAUGCCGAUCCAACGUUACGUUGACUUCAAAUGGAUUAUAAAAAUGUCAAACAGAUCAUCGCAUUUUUUCAUGACAUACAGUUGCAUCAUUUCAUUCGCAAUUAUUUUUGCGCGAAUCUUUAUCUGUUCAACGCAUGCAAAAUGCAACUUAUCUGUAUCAUGUUGAUAUUGAAAACAACGUUGGCACAAUGUCGAUUUAUUCUGAAAUAUUAUUUAGCAUCUUGAAUGAGUUUUGUUAUUACGUAUGAAUAUAUUCUAUAUUCAUAUAUUAAUAUAUUGAGAUAUUUUUAAUGGAAAAUUGUUUCAUUGAUUAUAUGUAUAUAUAUAUUUCUAUAUAUUUCUACUUGCUUUUCUACUUACUCAUUCAUACGAUUAUUAUACAUGGUGUAUAAAAGUAACAUUCAUCUACAUGCGUAGAUGGACAAAUCUCUUUUUCUACUACUGUAAUAAUGGCAUUAACAAUGUAGCGACAUGUGUAACAAUAAUUUUAACCAAAUAUUGUUUAUUGAAACCAUGUUAUACUAUGAUGCAUAAAUUAUAUUAUUAAACAUUUUCGUACAAUAUCUCACCAUAUUGUAUAUUAUCUUUAAAGAAGAUGGUACAGUUUGUAAUUGUACAGGCAAACAGUUUAUUAAAUAUAUUCGGUUUUAUAUAUAUAUAUAUAUAUAUAUAUAUAUAUAUCAAUUCAUUGUUAUUCGGCAAGAAUCAACGAAAUUGUUUGAAAUAUAACGUUUCGCAAUGAAAUGAUCAGUAUUUCCAUACUAAAGAUCAGUAAAGUUCGAUUAUUGAUUUUUCGCGUUUGAAAUAUCUUUCGUCUUACGUUUACUGAGAACCAUUAUAAUCACAAAAAGUACGACAUUGUAAUUUUUACAUGUUAUGUUAAGCGACUUUAUUUUCUCUUUCUACAACAUCAUCAUUAAUCGUCGUUUGAAUUGUCAUAUAUAUAUAUUCACACACACAUAUAUAUAGACACGUAUUAAUGCAACGUACGAUGCAUUAGCGGCACUCUUCAGCUCGAUCAUUUAUAACAGUAGCAAUUGUAAUAACUUGUCCCUUUCUGAGUUUGCUUAUAUAAUUAACACUAUUAUGACACACUUACAUAUAAUCAAAAGAAAUCGCAGAAAAAAAAAGAAACGAUUGUUGCGACGACAGCUUUCAAAACUACUCUCAUGUAGUGCAUGUACAGAUAAUAUCAUUGUAUUGUAUUCUGAUGAACAUAAAUAUACACGUGAAAAGUUUCCUUA